AGACAAGCCUCCUCUCUUUCUCAUUCAACUAUGUGAUCUGUUUUUACACUCACACGGACCCUGUCUCCUCUCCUUUAUCCCCCUCUCCUCCUCGGCACACUCCAUGUGCAACACCCUCUCGCAAAACAACCGCAUUUGUUCGGCGAAGUUACUUUCUUAACAUAGUUGACUUUAAGUUUACUUUUGUUAGAUUUUUCUCCGACAUGACUACCAUGGCAACUCCGGCUGCCCCGGCUCUUCUUCCCGCCGCUACACUCGGGCACCACCCGGCUCCGAGCUCCGUCUCUCCGGUCACCAACUCUCCGCCACCUGCGACCCCCUCCGCCGCUUCCUCCCCGGCUCCUCCGGUGGCGCACCCGGCGCUGCUUCACCAGUUCCACGCGGACCUCUUGCUGGCGAACGGGACCCAGUUAAAGAGCGGAGGAGCCCCGGUGUCCAGCAGCGCUAAGCCGGUGUACGCAACCCCGUCGCCAGUGGAGAGCACGCCGCAGAACAACGAGUGCAAACUGGUGGAGGUGAAAGGUGCUAAACUGGCCUCGUUCACGGUCAAAGACACGGAGCUCAUCUGCCUGCCCCAGGCUUUCGACGUGUUCCUCAAGCACCUGGUCGGCGGGCUCCACACCGUCUACACCAAGCUGAAACGGCUGGACAUUGCCCCGGUGGUGUGCAACGUGGAGCAGGUCCGGGUGCUGCGGGGGCUCGGGGCCAUCCAGCCCGGGGUGAACCGGUGCAAACUCAUCUCCAGACAGGACUUCGAGACGCUCUACAGCGACUGCACCAACGCAAGCUCGAGGCCGGGACGACCGCCCAAGAGGCUGCAGUGUGUGACAGAGGGCGGGACGCACCACAUGCUGUCCCACAGCGGUCUGAUGCAUGCUGGGAUCAUACCUCCUGCAGAUCUGUCUGCCCUGGCCAAGAAGAUCAAACUGGAGGCCUUGGCCAGUUACCACAGCAACCAACAACAUGGCGGGCUAAACGGAGAAAACGGUGACCAUAGCCACCAACUGGUUCUGGAUCAGCUGCCCUUCAUGAUGAUGUCACAUCCUCUGAUACCUGCCAGCCUGGCGCCCGCCUCCGUUUCCAUGGCGAUGGGCCAGAUGAACCGACUGAGCACGCUGGCCAGCAUGGCCAACAUGGCGCAGCUCCACGCCAAGCUCCCCCCCCGGGGGCCCACCUCCGUCAUUAAGGAGCGAGUGCGUGACAGCCCCUCCCCUUCUCUAUCAUUGGAGGAAGCUCAGAUGUCAUCUAAUCACAGCAGCAGCGUGUCAAGUUCACCGUCCCACACAGAACACACUGCAGAAAGCACACACCCACAUGACCAAAGUCACAAUGUCUCGGGGCACUCACCUGGGGUGGCGCACGGGGCCCGAGAGACAGAUGGGACCUCAGUGGAGUACGGCAAGGAGAACAAGAGGGGCCACACUGACAGAAAUAGCAGCUCCUUGGCCUCUCAGACGUCCAGGGAGAGCUGUGAUAGACAAGUGUUCCAGAAACCCCCGUCAGGCUGCGAGAGGGUAACGUACCCCGCAGGACAGAAGCUCUCAGCAGGUCUCCACCACACUCCCUUCAUCUUCCCGGAAGGCUUGUCCUCCAUAGAGACCCUGCUCACGAACAUCCAGCAGGGUCUGCUGAGGGUUGCCAUAGAGAACGCCCGGGCGCAGGAGAAACAGGACCAGAUGGAGCGGACGGAGCUGAAGAUGGAGCUCGUCAGAGAGAGGGAGCUCAGAGAGACCUUGGAGAGACAGCUCAGCAUGGAACAGAAAAACAGAGUUCUGAUCCAGAAGCGCCUGAAGAAGGAGAAGAGGAGUAAGAGGAGGCUACAGGAGGCCUUGGAGGAGGAGGUCAAGCUGCGGGAUCAGGCAGAGCACACCCUGCUGCACACCGCCGCCACACACACAGGCCAUCAAUCAUCAGCAGCCCCUCCCCACACAGAAUCUGUGACCCAGGACGUGGAUGGGAGCAAUCACGAUGACAGCAGGCUGGACACCAAGCCCACAGUACAAGACUGGAUUUCUUUCUGGAUUUCAGAGGGCAGAGGUUUCCUGCAGACCAGCGGGAUGUACUGAAGAGGAGGACGGACGGAUGAAUGGACAGAUGAAUGGAAGAAUAGAGCGAUGAAGAUUCCUCAUUUAAGAGAAAUACAAAGGACAGGCAUGCUCAGUCGCGUAUCGUCGUGGCAUCUGAGAGACACAUCUGGCCUCCUCACGGGGACUCCCCUACAUUUCAAAGGGUGACAUUUGAACUUUUCUAUUGUUCACUUGUUUAAUUUAUUGCAUCUGCAAAUCUCCGCCGUACUGGGAACAGUACUUUAUUCUGAUGAUGUGUUUGACUGUGUUUCUUUCAAUCAAGGUUUUUAGAUCCUAGAUGAAAAUGACCAUUGUUGUUUUUUUUGUCAGUGCUGUUUAUCUGGACACAAGUGAUGAAUAUAACUUGCAACAGAGUUGUGUACAUAUAUAUAGUCAUCCUUUUUGUUAUUAUUAUUACUAUUAUUAUUAUUAUUACCACAAAAACAUAAAGGCAUGUUGUACAGUCAGUAAAUGACUUGUAUUGUGUAUGUUAUGCA